AUGAAACAAACGAUCGAAUCGCACCUGAAUGUGCAGCAAGCAACCCCUACGCAAAUCCAAGAUGGCGCCCGAGACACCGGAUCCCCCAUACUGAAACCUGAGGUAGGAGACAGCCAAAACAGCUUUCAAAGCACAGAUAUGACACCUGCCACAGAUGCAUCAAUAAGCACAAUGCUAGAAAGGCUUAAAGCAGCCCUAUGCUCUGAUAUACAAAAAAUGGCAUCUGAUAUAAGAACUGACAUCCAGGCACUGGGGGACAGGACAGCACAUUUGGAAGAAAAAACAGAGG